AUGGAUCAGGAUAGCCAAAAUUUAUCUACUAAAGCUGAGAAAGAAGAUGGUGAAGAAGGUGUUGAAGAAUCGAAUUUACCAAUAACAGAAUAUGAUAUGGACAGAGUUAGAAGUACGAUCAAACAAUUUGUUAGGGAAUGGGCAUCAGAACGAGAUGCGGCAUAUAAACCUAUUAUAGAAGCUUUACUUGAAUUUUAUAAAGAUGUUCCAAUUGAAGAAAGAAAAAAUAUUCAAGUGUUAGUUCCGGGCGCUGGAUUAGGAAGAUUGGCAUUUGAUAUAGUAAACCAAGAUCAAUUAGUGCCUGUUUAUAUACCAGAUGUGCUGCCUAGUAGUAUCCCACCUGAAUCUGAUUUUUCAAUGGUGGCAGGAGAUUUUACAGAAGUUUACGGUGACAAUCAACACAUAGGUAGAUUAAAAAUUCAUUAUACUGCUAAAAACAUUAUAGAAUAUAUCGAACUCUUUCAUCGUAUUCUUAAGCCCGGAGGAUUAUGGAUUAAUAUCGGUCCAUUAUUGUAUCAUUACGAGAAUACACCCGGUGAGAUGUCGAUUGAGUUGAGUUUAGAAGAGGUUAAAAUGGUUGUGAAAAAAACUGGAUUUCAAUUUCAGAGGGAAAACAUAUUUCAAUCAACCUAUACAAUUAAUCCAAAUGGAAUGUUAAAAUAUUUAUACGAUUGUGCAUUUUGGACAUGUGUAAAACAAUAA